AAGACUUUGCUGGGUUAUAUGGAAAUCAAAAAUAAAGCUGGUGUAUUGGAAAAUAAAAAAAUAUUUUCCCAGUACAUACCUCUAAGUAAUACCUUGAGAUUGUUUUUAGAACUGCCAGAUUGUUUUGAAACUAUUUAUUCAUAUUACUCUGAAUUAAAAAAAAAUGAUGGUAUUAUCUUCAAUGUCGUUCAAACUGAGUUUUGGAAAGAACGAUCAUCGCAAUCAAAUAAUCUCACAUUUCCAUUGAUCUUAUAUCAAGAUGACUUUGAAACAGGUAAUCCAUUAGGUUCGCAUAGUGGAGUUCAUAAAAUUUGUGCACUUUAUUCUACUUUGCCCUGUAUACCGCCAGAAUUUAGAUCUCAAGUCGAGAAAAUAUUUUUGGUACAGCUAUGUCAUUCGGAUGACGUGAAAUUUUUUGGUCAAGAUGUAGUUUAUAGAGAAGUGAUUACAGAACUCAAUUUGCUUGCAUCCAAAGGGAUAGAAAUCCACGUCAAAGAUAAAACAAUCACAGUUUGUUUUCAGUUGAUAUUAAUAACAGGGGACAAUUUGGGUCUGAAUAGUAUGCUAGGUUACGUAGAAAGUUUUAGUGCGACUUAUUUCUGUAGAAUGUGCAAAGUUAGUAAAGGUGUGUCAAUGUCAUUAUGUGUUGAAGACAAGUCAAUACUGAGGACAAAGGAUAAUUAUGAGGCUGAUGUGGCAAAAAACAAUGUGGCUCUGACAGGUAUUAAAACGAGGUGCAUCUGGAAUUCUGUUUUGAAUUACCAUUGUGCUGCGUGCUGGUCGGUAGAUGCUAUGCAUGAUGAAUUAGAAGGUAGUUGUAAAUAUGAAACGGCGUCAACUUUGCAUUACUUUAUAUUGGUCAAGAAGUAUUUUACUUUGGAAGAAUUAAAUUUUAGAAUCAAAUAUUUCAAAUUUCCUUCGACAGCAAAUGUACCUCCUUUAAUUACUCUUGAGAACUUGAAGGUAAAACAGUUGAGAAUGUCAGCAUCUGAGAUGAAGUGUUUUAUCAUGCACCUUGGAUUACUCAUUGGUGAUUUGAUUCCUCAAGAAAAUAAUCCACAUUGGGAAUUACAUAAACUGCUCCGGCAAAUUGUUUCCAUAAGCCUACAAACGUUCAUUUCUUCUGAAUAUAUUGACUUGCUCACUUCGCUAAUUGAAGAACACCAUUUACUGUAUCUGUCAUUGUUUGGUAAUACAUUGAAACCGAAGCACCACUUCAUGCUUCAUUACCCAACGGUUAUGCAAAGAAUUGGUCCAUUACGUCACAUUUGGUCGAUGCGCGGCGAAGCCAAACAUCAGAUACUGAAACAAAUUGCUAGUAUGUCAGCUAGUCGAGUAAAUAUAUGUCGAACCAUAGCUAUCAAAAGUCAGCUGCAGUUCGGUAAUAUGCUGUUGUUAGGAAACCCAUUCGCUGUUAAUAUUACGUACAGACCAUUAAAAACACAUUUACCUAUCUCUACCAAUUUAACGAAAUAUGUAUCUGAGAAUCUUAUCUCAUACACCCAAGUGAAAUCGGCAAGUUUAGCUAGUUUUAUGCUCAAGUCUGGAAUCAUUCUUGAAAUUGAUUUCGACAUAUUUCCUAUAUUUGGGCUGAUUGAACACGUCUUUUGUAAAUCAGGAGCGUUGGCAAAGCCGAGUAGAGACGACUUUGCAAUCAUUGUAAAGGUUUUUCACGUUGUUUGCCAGAACGAUCAUAAGCAAUCCUACGAAGUAUAUGAAACUCUAACGCAUGAAUUUAUAAAAAUAGAUUCGACGAAAUUUCUGAAACCGACGCUCAUGGUAACUGGAUCUAAUCGCGAAUUGUACGUACCUUUUCAUUAA